AUGAUCUCCUCCAGUUCUAUACCCCUACUCUUCAUAGUUCUGAUCCUUCUCCUUAUACUCAUUAAGAAAUUAAAGUUCAGGAGUACCCGCGAAAAUGGAAAAUCGGUCCCACAACUUCCCCCCGGUCCUGCCCCGUGGCCCACAAUUGGCUGCGUGCCCGAGAUGCUGUGCCAAAAGCCGAUAUUCUGGUGGAUACAUUGCCUCAUGAAGGAGAUGGACACCGACAUCGCAUGUGUUCGGCUCGGCAAAGUUCACGUCAUUCCCGUGACGUGCCCUAAAAUCGCCCAAGAGUUCCUCAAGAAGCACGACGCGAUAUUUUCAUCGAGGCCGACUUCGAUGGCAACACGGAUGUAUAGUGGCGGAUACGUCACAGCCGGUCUGACUCCUUAUGGCAGCCAAUCGAACAAAAUGAGGAGAGUUUUAGUUUCAGAAAUAAUUUCUCCCGCAAGACAUCAUAGGCUCGUGGAUAGAAGAACCGAGGAAGCGGACAAUCUGGUUAAGUACAUCUACAAUCGAAGCAAAAGCUCCAGUAGAACUGUAAAUGUGAGGACCGCCACCAGACAAUAUACAGGAAACGUGAUGCGGAAAAUAAUGUUCAGUAAAAGAUGGUUCGGAGAGGAAAGGGCAGACGGCGGACCAACCGUUGCUGAGGAAGAACACGUUGAGGCGAUAUUUACUAUAAUAAAGUAUUUAUACGCAUUUUGCAUAUCUGACUAUUUUCCUUGGCUGGUAGGGCUCGAUUUAGAUGGACAUGAAAGGUCUGUUAAAGAGGCUGUCAGGACUGUAAACAAAUAUCAUGACCCCAUUAUUGACUCGAGGCUCGGAAAAUGGAGGAGGUUCGGCAAUUCGGACGAUGAAUCUACCAGCGACGAGCCUCAUGAUUUGCUUGAUGUUCUGGUUAAGCUCAAAGAUUCAGAGGGAAAGCCACUCCUUACGCCUGAAGAAAUCAAAGCAGAAGUUACGGAAAUAAUGUUCGCUAGUGUUGAUAAUCCCUCAAACGCAGUUGAAUGGGCCUUGGCCGAGAUGAUGAACCAACCCGAGAUCCUCAAGACAGCAAUGGAGGAAUUAGACAGGGUCGUUGGCACAGAGAGACUAGUCCAAGAAUGUGACAUCCCACAUCUUAAUUACAUCAAAGCAUGCGCUCGAGAAGCCUUCAGGCUCCAUCCAAUCGCACCUUUCGUCCCUACACACAUGGCCAUGUCCGAUGCCAUUGUCGCUGGCUACUUCAUCCCCAAAGGAAGCCACGUGCUAUUGAGUCGUCUCGGUCUCGGGCGAAAUCCUAAGGUCUGGAACGAGCCGCUCGAGUUUAGGCCACAGCGGCACUUAACUAGCGACUGCACUGAAGUUCAGCUCACAGAGCCGGACUUACGCUUCAUUUCCUUCAGCACCGGACGGCGCGGCUGCGUGGCUCCAAUGCUUGGGACUGCGAUGACCACCAUGCUUCUCGCUAGGAUGGUUCAAGGGUUUAAUUGGAAGGCACCCCCUGAAGUAACGAGCAUCAACCUCGAUGAGUCCACUGGAGAUCUGUUUCUUGCUAAUCCGCUCAUCGCUCAUGCCGAACCGCGUUUGCCAUUACAUCUCUAUCCGUGA